GGUGACCUCCCCGGUAGGUUCCUACAGCACCACGGAAGGUACAUUCACUGCUCAUAACCAUUUCACAAUAGAGAGCUACAGCAGUUUCAUUUCACAGCAAUAUCCCUGCUGAAAAAAACCCAAGGAAAACAUGAAGUGUUUCUAUUGGUUAUUGAUGGUUUUGUAAUGUGUUUUUCAGCAGGGAGUACAGUGUGUGAAUGAGCCGUUGCUCUGUGCGGUUAUCUGUAUGUGCGGGUGGCGCAGCUCCGCUGUAGUGCGUUUACGUGUUUAGCUGGAGUCGGAAUCGAAACUGAGCUCCGCACAGCGCGUGUAGAGCUGCAGGACAGCUGAUCAAGAAACCGAAACAGAGAGCGCUCCCCUUCACUCUGGUCAGACUCUUCUCAGAGAGCCAGUUUGAAGCUCAGCUCUGGUGCCCACAGUGAGGGAUCAGGCAGAAUAUCAGCGAUCACACGGACUCUUAACAAGUCCAGGAGUUCAGAGAUGGAGGACACACAAGAUCCAGUAAGUCUUACUUACACCGGAGCUCCAGCAGGGGGCGACAGAGACAGCAAUAAAAGUCCUGAAGCCAGCAAAGCUCAUGAAAAAUCAGGCGAGAAGAAAAAACAAAGAAAGAAGAAGCACAGUGCAAAAGGAAAGGAUCAGACACUGACAGAAGAGACAGGUUAUCAUCAGUGUGUGAACUGCCAGCACACACAGAGUCGGACCACCUGUGACCAGUCAACUCAGACGGAGACGGAGUCCACCCAGACACAGGCUACCCAAUCCCCCCUACUCCAGUGCACUCACACUCAGCCUACUGAAUCCAAAUCAACCCAGACUUCACUCUCCAAACUCACCUUGAAGCAGGUGUAUGAAGGCCAGGGGUCCAAAGAUCAGUCAGGUGAAGACCAGGCCAGCUCUGCUGACCAGCUGACUGUGCUCACCUGGAACAUAGAUGGCCUAGACUGUGAAGAUCUCAAGGAACGAAUCCCAAGCCUGCUGGAAUAUUUGGGAAAGUACCAUGCAGAUGUUGUGCUAUUGCAAGAGCUCAUUCCUCCUUACCUGAAGCUUUUACAGGACGUCAUGAAAGAUUAUGAGUUUCUGGAAGGCAGUGAUAGUGGCUAUUUUACAGCGAUACUGCUUAGAAGGUCCAGAGUCGAACUUCUCGAGAGCAACAUCGUGAAAUAUCCCACUACAGAAAUGACGAGGAAUCUGCUAAUGGCCACCGCAAAAUUCUCAGGUCAUCAGCUGUGUUUCAUGACCUCACACAUGGAGAGUUUAAAGGUCAGCUCACAGGAGCGCCUGAACCAGCUGCGCAGAGUGUGGAAGCGCAUGAAGGAGGCAGCAGACGGCCAGACAGUCAUAUUCGGAGGAGACACCAACCUCAGAGACUGGGAGGUGAAGAAGUUGGGGGGUCUCCCAGAUGGUAUUCUGGAUGUGUGGGAGAUGCUGGGAGAGCCUGAGGACUGCAGGUACACCUGGGACACUGUCACUAACAACAACAAAGAGAUUCCCUUCCCUGCUCGACUGCGCUUCGACCGCGUUUACCUCCGGACUGCCAGAGAGGGCCCUCAGCUCCACCCAGACAGCAUGACACUGGUGGGGCUGGAGAAACUGAAGUGUGGGCGUUUCACCAGCGAUCACUGGGGCAUUCUUUGCACUUUCUCUUUCCAGUCAUAAAAUGAGUAGUGAUUAUGAACCUAGAUGGAUGGAUGGAUGGAUGGAUGGAUGGAUGGAUGGAUGGAUGGACGGACGAAUAGAUAGAUUCUUCUGAAAUAAAGGGUAUUAAUGGAGAGUUUGUCCCCUUUUGCUGUGAUAACAGUCUCUACUCUACUGGGGAGACUUUACACUAGAUAUUGGAACAUUGCUGUGAGGAUUUGAUUGCAUUCAGAAACAAGAGCAUUAGUGAGGCCAGGUGCUGAUGUUGCAUGAUCAGUUCUGGGUCAUAAACUCCACUCCAGCUCAUCCCAAAGGUAUUGGAUGGAGCUCCAUCACUCCAGAGAACAGUUCUACUCCUCCACAGCCCAAUGCUGUGGGCUUUAUAUCCCUCAAGCCGAUGCGUAGCAGUGGUUAUAGUGGUCUUAGGCUCAUGUGUAGCUGCUUCAGAGCAUCUUAUUUCAUUGACAGUGCUUUUCAGUGUUAGAAUUGCUCAGCACUCUAAGGCACCAGACUUAAGGCUCUACCUUCCCAAACUAAGAGGUUUCUGGUCUCCAAAUGGAGGCUUAGGUUCAAAUGCCACUUCUAAAAACUGUUUGCCUACAUUUUGUUCCUCUUUUCAACUGCAUUUCAUUCCUCUCCCAACACAAGAAAUGACAGUAAAGAUUAUUUUGACUUUGACCUUUCUAUGAA